AUGUCGAGUCCACCUCCCCGGCAUGUGUCCAUAGCCCCUCUGCUGAAGCAACUUUCUGCACCUGCCCCUUUUGACAACAGCGUCAAAGCUGAAGACAUUGCCCUUGCAUUCUCGCGAACCUUCGAAGACCAGCUCAAUGGCACCCAGCUCUCGGCUCUCCUGACCCUGCUUCACUCCACUGGCAAGGACAGACAUCCCGAUGUCAUCGCCCGCUGCGCUGCCAGUAUGCGCGAUGCUGCCGUACCCAUCAGCAAACAACGACUGAAACGAGUCAUUGGGAAGAGGAAGCGACAGUUGGGAAAAUAUAGAGGUGGUCUCUGCGACAUUGUCGGAACAGGAGGCGACUCGCACUCAACAUUCAAUAUCUCCACGACAUCUAGCAUUAUUGCAAGCCCCAUACUGAUGAUGGCCAAGCAUGGCAACCGAGCGCAGACCUCCAUGUCGGGUUCCGCUGAUGUGUUGAAUGCCAUUGCCCCCAAGGCGCCGAAGAUCGAAGCUCUCAGCGCCGAGCACUUGCCCGAGGCGUAUGAACACACAAACUAUACGUUCUUGUAUGCUCCGAACUUCCACCCGGGUAUGAGAUAUGCCGCGACAGUACGAAGAGAGCUCGGGUUGAGAACAAUAUUCAAUCUCAUGGGCCCAUUGGCCAAUCCGGUCGAGGACCACAUCGAAGCGAGAGUCGUCGGAGUCGCAUACCAAGAGCUGGGCCCAGUGUUUGCGCAAGCAUUGCGGUUCUCUGGGGCUACGAAAGCCAUGGUCGUCUGUGGACAAGAGGAUCUCGAUGAGAUUAGCUGUGCUGGCAAGACAAAUUGCUGGCUCCUAAGGGAGUCAGAGAACCCAGAGUACAGGGGUGACCGCGACGACGACGACGACGACGAGACAAGUGAUGACGAGCCUCCGCCCAAAUAUGUAGCUAAGAUCGAGACGUUCUCGAUCGAACCAGCAGACUUCGGCCUGCCUUCGCAUCCACUAUCUGAGGUCGGUGGUGGGAAAUUGCCCAAACAGAAUGCCGCAGUUUUGAUGAGCAUCCUCCGCAAUGAGCGACCGCGGGACGACCCGAUUCUCCAUUUCGUUCUUAUGAACGUCGCUGCGCUCUUUGUGGUUAGUGGUGUUUGCGAGGCAGACACUUGCCCGACCGGGGAAGUCAUCAAAGAACGAGGACCUGGAGGAGAAAGAUGGAAAGAAGGCAUACGUAAAGCAAGAUGGUGCAUCGAGAGCGGAAAAGCGUUGGAGGAAUUCGAAAAGUUCAUCGAGUUCACAAACACAUUGUAG